GAGAAAAACUAAUCCACUGUACCUUUCAGUCUAACAGUGUUUUCUAUAGAAAUGAUCUUUCUUGAUUGAUUUUAAAACGAUCGCAAAAACUAUGUCUAUUGACACUGUUAAAACAUAUGAUUAUAAAUUAUUAACACAUCAACAAAUUGUUAAAAGUUUACGAGACGUUAAUCGUUUUUUACGUCGUCCUAUAGAAAAUUUUAAUGAAAAUGUCCGCUUACAUUUUCUUCAAAGAAAAGAAAAUCUUGAGAAGUUACUGCAACAAUCCAAGCCAUUGAAACAUACUAAAUCCAAAGAAAAAAUUAAAGUGAACGAGAAAAUACGAUUUUUUGAAUAUAAAAAAGUUAAUCGGAAGCUUUGCCAAAAACGCUGUCGGCUUGUUCAACUUCUUGAAUCAUCUGAAAAUAAAUCUUCUAGUGAAGCUCUUUGUUUAACUGAAGAAAUCGUUAAUUUACAAAAUGAUCUUUUAUAUAUACAACAUUAUCCCAAAAAUAAACGCUAUAUUUCUAUUUUUUUAAAUCCAGAUAAAGCUUCAUCUGAAAUUGUAAGAAUAAGGGAAAAAAUUUUUAAAAAAAUUUUAGAGAAUAUACAAAAAGAACAAAAAACAAAGGAAUACUCGACGUCACAUGAAGUUCAUAGCAAAGAUACUUUAUUUUCUUUCGAGCCUAUCGAGCCCACGGCUACAAUUUCCAGUUUAACAAGCAAAACAAUAGAAAACGUGACAGCGGGCUGCACUGAUGACCAUGAACAAAAAGAGUCAUGUAAAUCCAAAACAACCCACAUAUUUUUUGAUUAGCAUUCUUUAUGUUUAAUUUUUCUUUCUAUACCAACUAAAAAAAUCCUUUGAAUGUUUAAAAAAAACAAACUUUAUAUACUUGCA